AUCAGUCCCGCAAUUAGCGCUGAUGCGAUUUGGAUGUGGCGGUUUUAUUAAUUAGAGGUGUCACCUGUAGCGCCGCCCCUAAAAACCGACGCCGUCCGUCGUCUUGCUCAUAGUAUCGCUCACAAUCCCCGUCGGCACGUGCUCGCGAUCAUCCAGCGUCGAGUUUUGUCUGUCUGCCGUUCUUCAACCCCAAUAGCAACGUGUUUUGGGGUUUCAACGCGGUUUUAUUCCAGCACACGACGAUGUCGUCUAGUAACGAUCAUUUGCCUCUACCACCAUCAACGUCGAAGCCGAGGCUAUCUCCUUUGGACUUCAGAAAUACAGAAUUGGUUUCACGUCUACUAGCAGCCACGCCACCUUACUUGUAUAACAUGUCUUUGCUGCCCAAUUCCUACUUCUUCAGCGAGAUGUUGAGAUCCCUAGUUCAAGCCAAACAAGAAAAUGCUGCGAAUGCCGAGAGCAUGAUGGCGUCAUCAGUACAUUCUAGGAGAUCUAGAAAACGUCCUUGGUUAGUAUCGAGGCACGAGGAAGCAUCUAAACACGUUCCAAAAAUUGAGAAAACUGAAGUAGCCGAUUGGCCCAAAGUAACUUCCGAAAAAGUUAGUCCCAUUGAACUAAUCAGAAAAUCUCCAAUCUCUAGGGUACUGGAAGACUCUAAGACAUAUAUGAAAGAAAAGUCUGGUCCGUUUGAACAUGUCCAGGCAGAACCUCCCAAUACUGGACUAGUCUUACCUCCAGCACCUCCAAUUUGGUUUCCUCCCAUAUAUCCAAGUCCGUAUGUAGAUCCAUUACAUUUUUUCAUUGAUCUCAGAGUAUCUGGUCAUAUCUAUGAUAAAAGCCAGAAAGAAUGUGUGAACUUUGACCGAUCCGCCAACAAAGAAUACCCGUCAACUAUAGUUUCUUCGAACUCUGAAUCCGAACACAGCCAGAAUGCUGAAAAGAGCAACUUACCUUUUGCACCAAGCAGAUAUGGCAGUCACAACUCAGCAUUCUCAGUGCCCCAACAGAAAUACCGGAACAGCAGCCCAAUGAAUUUAACGCAAGUGGACAGUGAUUCCAAAUGCACUAAAUUCGAUGUCAAAUCAAUGGGUUUUGAGAAGUCUACUAACAGAACUGGAACAAAAUAUGUUGUAUCUAAUAUUGAGAGUAUAUAUAGAAAUGUUAAUCCGACACAGCGAACGAGUGACUGUUCUCCUGAAAAAAUAGCUAAAACUGAAGAAGAAAAAAUACAAUCUGCAUUUCGUUUAUUUUCUGAGAACAGUGAUUUAGAAGUUAGAGAACUCACGCCAGUUGACGUCAUUGAUGGGGAGGAUCCAGGAUUCAAAAUUGAUGUGCAGACUUGAAUUGUUUAUAAGCGACUACAGUUGUAGUGUUUUCAAAAGAAACCUAUAAUAAGAUAUACACUGAAUGUAGACCCUAGAUAUAUGCAUUCUUGUUCGACACUGUAACAGUUACUACAUGAUAUUGUUUCAGUUCAAACAAGACAUCAAGAAUCUAUUGUAAAUAUUGUACAUCUUCCUGGCAUCUAUUUAUUUUGAAUGAGUGAAAUAAACAUGAAUGUCU